AUGACCAUCAACUCUACGAUGCAAACGGAAAAGGAGCGCCCCUUCAAAGUCCUCAUAGCCGGCGGCUCAAUCGCGGGCCUGACACUCGCCAACGCCCUUGCCCGCGCAAAUAUCGAUUUUCUCGUUCUUGAAAGCCAUGGUCGGAUUGAUCCGUCAGUCGGCGCUGCGUUGACAGUUCCCACCAAUGCAUGCCGAAUCCUCGAUCAAAUGGGUAUAUAUGAUGAUAUUCAAGCACAUAUUCAGCCGACCGCGGAUAUAUAUACAUACGUGGAGGAUGGCCGAUUGUUGGCGAUAAUGGAUAUGCCACGCGUUAUCUGGGAGCGUCAUUCUUACCCUAUCGCUUGGCUGACAAGGGAACAAUUGUUGAGAAUUUUGUAUGACAAUGUUCCGGACAAGAGCAAGGUACUGUUGAAUAAGAAAAUUACGAGGGUUGAUCAUUCAGAUGAUGGCGUGGUUGCACACUGCGAGGAUGGGAGUGAGUACAACGGUAGUAUGAUUGCUGGUGCGGAUGGAGUUCAUAGUACCAUUCGGGGUGAGAUGUGGAAGCAUAUGGAGGAGAGCAGGGAAUGGAAGAAGAGGGUGAAGGAAGAUAGGAAAGCUAUGGCGGCUGAAUACGCAUGCAUCUUUGGAAUAUCCCGUCCUAUGGUGGAACUAAAGCCGGGAAUUAUUUAUCGGACCUGGGGCAAGGACUUCACUACUUUUGCGAACGUCGGGGAAGGCAACCAGGUAUUUUGGGUCCUCUUCACCAAGAUGGACCGGAAGUUUCAAUAUCCUAGUGUACCGAAGUUUACGAGGAAGGAACAAGACGAGCUGGCUAAGAAAUUUAUGGAUACACAUGUUGGUGCUGGUAUUAAGUUUGGGUCGGUUUAUGAGAAUGCAACGACUUCUUCAUUUGUCCCCUUGGAGGAAGGAACAUGCAAGUCGUGGACGUGGGGUAGGUUUGCAUGUUUGGGUGACUCGGUUCACAAGACAACUCCCAACAUCGGUCAAGGUGCCAGUCUAGCUAUCGACGAUGCCGCAUCUCUAGCGAACCAUAUUGUGUCAAUUGUGAACAGCUCUGGUGGCAUGCCGUCAUCGGGCGAUAUUACUACGGCCCUCACAAAAUGGGAAGCCGGUCUACGACCAAGAGCAAAGGCAGUCUGCGAUGCAGGAGCUACCUAUAUGAGGUUAGAGGCGCUGGCGAACUGGCCGCUCAAGAUAGCUGCGCUGUACAUUGCGCCCCACGUCGGGCGUGUUUUUGCGGAUCUUCUCAGUGUUGUUGAUACUGGGGCACCAACAUUGCAUUUUCUGGCGUUGCCAGAGAGGAAGGGUGAUUCUGUGUCGACUGAGAAAGGAGAAAAUGGACGGAAAUGGAAGGUGAGCUGGUAUAUUCGAGCAUUCUGGGCUGCGAAUUUGAGAUUGAAAUGA